AUGAGCACAAAGUUCACAGAAACUUUACGCUACAUUAAAGAAGACCUUGCUCCUAAAAUAUUCGAGCAAAUUGAAAAUGGAAAUCCAGCAGAUCUAGGAUGCAAUAUUUUUGCUAAAGCUUGCAGUCUUGUUUACGAGGCGGCACGCUGGGGUCAUUCACUUUGCUUGUAUGAUGAAUAUGCCAAUCUUGUCAGAACUUAUACUGAAAAAAUAUCAAAGCCAAGACUUCUUCACUCAGAAGGAAGAAAUUUAUUAGUUAAUCUCUAUAAAUCAUGAAAAAAGCACAAAAUUCUUGUCCGUUGGCUCAAAAAAAUUUUUUAUCAUGUUGACUUUGGAGAACCCAAAAUUUAUGAAUUUACACCUUUAGUUCCGAUGGGAUUACAGAUAUUUAAAACUGAGCUAUUUGAUUAUUCAAAAAGAAAAAUCUAUAAAGCCCUUUUUGAGCAAAUACAUAAUGAAAGAGAAGGAAAUGACAGCAAUGUUAGCUGUGUGAGAAAAUGCUUAUCCUGCCUUCAAGAAAUUUUUGUAAGCAAUCCAAGUCUAACGAAAAGGAAAAAUCAAAAGAAAUUACAUGCGAAGGGAUCCCCAAUGAUAAAUUUUUUAAAAAAAUUGUUGAAAACCCAUAUUUGCAGAAAACCAAGCUUUAUUAUGCUUCUAAGCCCAUAG